CCUUCACUCUCUUGAAAACUCACCCAGAACCUCCACCUCUAACACCAUGGUCAACUCUUGUUGUGGCUCUGUCUGUUCUGAGGAGGGCUGUGGCCAAGGCUGCUGCCAGCCCAGCUGCUGCCAGACCACCUGCUGCAGGACCACCUGCUGCCGCCCCAGCUGCUGUGUGUCCAGCUGCUGCAGACCCAGCUGCUGCCGCCCCAGCUGCUGUGUGUCCAGCUGCUGCAGACCCAGCUGCUGCAGACCCAGCUGCUGUGUGUCCAGCUGCUUCAGACCCAGCUGCUGCAGACCCAGCUGCUGUGUGUCUAGCUGCUGCAGGCCCCAGUGCUGCCAGUCUCUGUGCUGCCAGCCAACUUGCUGCCGCCCAAGCUGCUGCAUUUCCAGCUGCUGUCAACCCUCCUGUGGUGGUUCUGGUUGUUGCCGCCCCUGCUGCCGCCCUUGCUGCUGCCUGCGUCCAGUCUGUGGUCAGGUCGGCUGCCAAACCACCUGCUACCGCCCCACCUGUGUCAUCUCCACCUGCCCCCGCCCUAUGUGUUGUGCCAUCCCCUGCUGCUGAGAUGCCUGCUCAAAGCUCAUCUCCCCUCAGCAGAUGUAUACCAUUCUCUCAUGUGAACCCUUAAGAGCCAUGGAAUCUGUUUGAUGUUAUUUAGCAGGAUGGACUGCACAGUUCCAGUGAGCCCGCCAUCCUCCCUGGACUCAGUCAGCACAUCUGGCUCACUUUACAUUCUCUCUUUCACUACCAUGUAUUUCUAAUGUUAGUACUAGGUAGAAAUUAAUCUGUACUUCAGGGUCUAAGAACUUACCCGGAUUAUCCAAAUUGAUUAACUCUGUGACUCUAAAUUAUU